UUUCUAACGCGCGGUUUGUUUGAAGAGUGCAAUCAUACCCUGGAUUUGAAGGCUGGCCAUAAAAUAUUCAUAAACUCGCCAUUUUAUCCAAAACCCUAUCCGGCUGGAACUUCCUGCCGAUACACGCUGAGAGCGCCGCGGGAUUAUCAGUUGGAUUUCAAGUGCAAUAUCGAUAUAAAUGUGACAUACACCACGGCAUCGUCCACUGCUCAGCUGAGCGAACGUUGUUAUGAUGAGAUUUUCUACUUCAACCGUGAAGGAAGCGAACUUUUAUCCGGUUCGGAGUAUUUCUGUGGUCAUGGUAGCAUGGAGCGGCGGAGUUUUCUCAACCGUGCCGUCAUUUCAUAUAUAUCAGCGGGUCCGCCGCGGAGGUUGGCUAGUGUGGGUGUGAAAGGUGUUACUGUGAGUAGUACAACAAGUACAACAGCGAAUACGCAAAAUUAUCAAAAUAAAAAUAAAAAGAAGAAGAAGCAUAAAAAUAAGCACAAAAAACCUUCAACGAUUCAAAUCUCUUCGGAAACGUCAGCUGAUAUUAGCAAUCCUUUCACUUAUUUGACAACACUACUCUCCAACACCAUAGAGACGAGCGUUUUCAUUGCGCCAGCAACACAACAGACGCACAAGCAUACAAAACCUAAGGACAAUCGAGGAAAGCUGACGAAGCCAACACGACGAGGCUCAACAGCCGGCAGUAAUGACCUUUUGACAUUCUCACCGGAACCAUUAAACAUCUACAGCGGACGUAAUGCCUCGAUCUCAAUACCAGCAACUACUUUAACAACGAUCACAAUCACAAAAAAUGUAUCCACCGAAGACUUCAAGCCCACAUCUUCGAUUAACGAGCCUUUGGUAUCACGAGACUAUCGCAUUUUAUCAAAUCCUCAAAAUUAUGCCGGUUAUCCGGCUGGUGCGGGCAAUGGACGUUUCUCUUGCUUGGUCGAGUCGGUGGCGUCCCAAUGUGACUGCGGCUGGAGCCCGCACACAUUGAAGGUGGUCAGUCCUUCGAGUGCGGCGGGUCUUAAUGAGUACUCCUCCAUGGCUGGGGUGCUAACGAUAGAUUAUGGCAAGAUAUUUUGUGGUGCCGUAAUAAUUCAUCAUCGAUACCUGCUUUCCGCCGCACAUUGUUUCAUCUCAGCUGCCACAAACAGCUCGGAUCUGUUACAGGUGGUCGUGGGUGAGCACGAUCUCUCAACUGUGCUGGAAUCGGUCUACACUCAUUACUACCGUGUCAACGCAAUCAUCUUGCACGAACAGUUCCGCGCGACAUUCAAUCAAGUGCGCAAUGAUAUUGCACUUUUACGUACAAGUCAAGCGAUGGUGUGGAAUCGUGGCGUCGCGCCUGCUUGUCUGCCCUUUCAUUCGAUCACCGGCACAAGUGGUGGACUCAAGCCACCCAUUGUGGGCCAGCUUGUAGAGACCGCCGGCUGGGGCAGCAUUUCAUUUGGUGGUCCGCAAUCGUCACUACUGCUCUCAGCUCAGUUGGAUGUGAUCGGUGUUGAAGAGUGUCGUCGUUGGUUGGGUGCUUUGCCGCCGGCAACUUUCUGUACAUAUACUCCUGGUCGCGAUACAUGCCAGUAUGACUCGGGUGGUGGUUUAUACAUGCGCGAGGGCGGACGCCUGUUUGUGGUCGGUAUAGUUAGUUACGGCUAUGGGUGUGCAGCUCGGAGGCCAUCCGUGAAUACCAAAGUAGCCUCGUAUAUGCGUUGGAUUAAGAGUAAGACUGAGUCGGUGACUUAUUGUGUAAAGUAGGCGAAAAGAAAUGAGAAUUGUCGGUUCACGAUUAUUUUAAU